GAAACCUUCUGGCAGCAUGAGUGGCACAAUUCAGGACAUGCACUUGUGUUAAGGCAUGAAGAGAAAGAAUUACACCUGUGUGGCUUCACGCUUCUGCCACAACAAGCAGGACAUUGGGGUGUACUUUUUGGACUGGAGUUACGAGGAACAAAAAAGACAGUUCCAUCAAACAUUGUUCAGUCAGGUGAAAACAAAGCUUUUUCGUCAGUCAAAAAUCAAGGAGAAAGUGAAGCUGAAAAUGACUUUUAUGAAAAUCCUGAGGAAAUUAAAACUCCUAAAGUUCCACAAAACCAGUGCAAGAGAUGGGUGGCAGAGAGAAACCAAACACCAAAGGAGAGUCAAGUUAGAGCAUCUCUGUGCUCUACUGACAAACCAUCAUUAAGAAAAAGCACUGGCAAAGGUGGUGGGUUGAACAAGCAACGAAAUAAUAAAAGAUGGAAGAGGUCUACAAAAGUUGGAAGUAGAAAAAAUGCAGAUUUGAACACUGCAAUGGAUUUGAAGUUUAAAGACAAUAGACAGGAGUUCAAAGAAGAACCUCAGUGGUAUACUGAGCCACUUUCAGACAAUGUAAUCUCUAAUAAUUUAAAAAGUAAGUUAGAAACUGCUUACAAGAGCAGUUUACCUUCAUUUGAUACCGACCUAUUAGAAAAAUUGCCAGCAUCCAUUAGGGAUCUGUGUAUUGAUGACACCUGUCCUACAGAUUACCUCUGGACAGGUGCAUUUGUCGAUGGUCACUUUGUUGAUAUUCCAGCAUUACUUGAUAAAGGAAAGUUCAGUGAGAUUUUAGAUUGUUCUAAAACAAAUUCAGAUUCGCUGGAUAAUCUUCAGAAAUCAGUAAACCUCAUCUGUGAAGGAAAUAUUAAUCAAUCUAUGGUGGAUUCUUGUGCUUUUGAUUUGAAACAAGACAGUGGAAUCCUUAACCUUAUUGGAAGCAAAGAUGAAGACCUAACUCAAUUUGAAGGGGAAUAUAAUGUAGUAUUAGAUGGACUACCUUUGAAUAUAUGGGAGGAUAGCCCAACAGCUGGCGGAGUGGAAGCCUUAAGUUCUCCACCAGGUAAAUCCUACACAAAUCAGCUCAGCUCUGAUCAAGUCAAACAUUGGUUAUCAUCCACUUCUGAUUUGUCUUUAAUUGGUAAGACAGGAGCACAACCACUUUGCAAAGAUUUGUCAGAUAAAGAUGUUGGUUGGCAAGAUCAUUCAGACACCAGUGAAAAAGAUUCCUAUUUUUCGGUUAUAAAAGAUCAGAAUGAUAUUGUAUUUUCUGGUGAAACGACUAAUUGGGAAAGUAAUUCACAAGGUGAGAAUGUUUCAUUAGAACCAUCUCGAUCUUCUGUGUUAAUUGCUACCAAAGAGGAAGACUCUGAUGAAAAUAAAUCCAGUUUUUCAGAUAUGUUUAGAGAAGACUCUAAUUCCUGGUCGUCUUUAUGUAAAUCUGGUAAUUCAAACAAUAUUGACACAGUAACCUAUCCAAUUGAGCUGAGUGUAAAUGUAGCUUCAGAUAUCCCAACUGCUUGUUCAGAAGAUGACCUACUUAGUUUGCUUCCUGGCAGUGAGUAUCUACAGUUGGACGAAAGUUUUUUAAUUGAACUGCCAGUCACGGCUUCAAAAGAAAAAUUAGACAUAACAAAACAGAUUCUAACAGAUGGGAUCAAAGCAGAAAAAUGGAAUCCAAUUUUUGGAAUUUGUCAAGAGAGCCUUUCUGAAAAGAAGGAUGACUUAAAUUCCAGAGUAAUUGAAGAGAUAUGGAAAGCCACACCAGAAGAGGAUAAAACAACAUUUUCAGAAGAUGGGAUCGCCAAAUGUCAUAGCUGUUCUAUAGGAACAGAGAUAUCUAUGAAACAAAUGGCUCCAGCAAAACUUCAGAAAUGUCCUCUCCAAAAGACGGAAAAUAAUUUCUGGGAGGAUCAACUGGGGAAAUCUCAAAUUUUGGAUUCAGUGAACAUUGAUAUGACAAAGCAUGGAAGUGAAUGGAAAAUUGGUUCUGAACAGUCAGAUGGUUCAGUUACAAAGUGCAUUGAACACUUAAUGACUCAAAGUAACAAGAAAGAGCACGAGUUUUCAUCUUCAAAGAAUACCCUUCUGAAAACUGCAUCCACUCAUAGUACAUCAGAGUCCAGCAACUUUACUGUUUAUCCAAAGUCUUUGAUAAAGGCUGGUUUGCAACAACAUGUGCAUGUAGAAGGCAUAGAGGAACAAAGUAUAAUUGAUGACAUUUCUAUAGACCUACCUGAAGAUUUGUGGGGGAAUUUAACUGAUUAUCUAAAUGACUCCACAGAGCCAAGGGAGUGCUCCUAUCUCCCCUUUGAACUCAGUUUUCCUGUUCCACAAAUGUGUACCAGUCCAAUAGAUCCUAACACUGGCGAAAUGAACCAGCGGUCCAGGAUUAUACCAAAACUCAGUUCAGAUUUAAUAAUUCCCCACAGUGACAAAUUACUAAGUUCAAAACAUCAAGGAUGUAUGACAAUGUCAGCGCAGUCCAACAUUUAUCCCACCACUGGACAAUUAUUUACAAAAGAAGUGGUUCUUACAAGAUUGGAGGACAUUCCUGUUCAAAAAACAGAAUGUAAUUUCUGCAGUAAUCAACAGGGAUUAUCUGAAAUGACAUCUGAAAACUCAAACCCUACAUUAGAUACAGAUAAAUUUGAAUGCCACAGAGUUCCAGAAAUCAGUGUGAAGCAAGACAUGCAGAUUCUUCAAGUGUCUCAACAAACCGCAGAUUGUAGGGUUUGUGCUUCCAAUACAAGAAAGAAAGACGAAGAUGAUCAACAGCCAUUAGGAAAGGGCAAAGCAGAUGAGGAUGAGCUUGAAUUAUGUAAGGAAAGUUGCCCUUCCUGUCACAGACUUCCAGAGGCUCUCCUACCCAAUGCAGAAAGCCCCAAGAAUUGCCCCAAAGAGACAUAUUGCGUACUUCUUGACAACUGCCUUUCUUCAAAAAAUACAGAUUCCUUAUGCUGCAAAAAUUCCACAAUUCGGGUAACGUCCAUAGAUGCUCACCCCUCUGCACAUGAAGAACAGCAAAUGCUUACAAAGCCUAAUGAAACAGAUAUUGGGCCAGAGGACCUGAGAACAGAUCAAAAAAUGUGCAAAAGUGUGAAGGACUGUAAAACAUAGGGCUACUUUAGAAGAAACCCUGGUUGUAUAAAGUUACAAAUUGGUUUGCUCUUUUCCCCACCAGAAAAAAAAAGCUUCCAAUAAAGUGAAUGCCUUUUUGGUUCAAGAAAACUGCUUGUAUUGUACAGGGUUACUUUGGUUUCUUAGAAAAUCUUUAAAUGAUGCAGUUCUGAACAGUGUGAUUAUGUAUCAGUGAAUGAAAAACUGAGUUCACUUUGCUGCAUACUGAGGCAUUUUUGCUGGACUUGGUGGAUCCAGAUCAAAUUAACAAUUCAAAAAAAGGUUUCUCCCCUUUUAAGAUAGAGUAUGUGCUAUAAUUUAUAAAAUCUGUGUCAACUUCUUACAAAACUUCUUCAGGAGCUGAGAUUCUGACACUUGUUUUAUUUAUUAGUGGCUGUACAGGACUUAAAAGUUUAAAUUGACUUGGCACUAUUAGCUAUAUCUAUGAGAAGUAGAUUCAUUGAGCUUCUUGAUAUGGAUGUUUGUGAUAAUUCCACAGUCCAGGAAUUUGAUCAUUAACCCCAGCGAAAAUAAAUCUGAUGGUUAAUUAUUACUUAACAGUUGCACCACAAGAUGCUUCAAAUGUAUUUAAAAACAAACCCACAGAAUAUCGCAUCUUUCUAAGUGCAUUAUAAGUGUUCUCAGUUGUGUAAAAGACAUCUGUAAUUACUCUGGCAUGUUGUGAUUAUGAUUUAUGAAUCUUUCACACUUCCUGCAAAAGCUUUCAUGUUGCAAUGUCACAAGUAUAUUAUCCUUUUAUAUAUUUCUGUAAGUACUAAAUAAAGAGAAAGUGAAUUAAUUAAAUCUUUUAGUCAUUUCUAAACAAAAAUUUACUUUGUAUUAGUGUUUUUAAGUGUGUUGUGACAUUUUGUCAUUUGCUUCUAGGUUACAUUUGAGUAAUAUUUUUAUAUUUGUGUUUCAGUAGCUGACAAACAUUCUGUGUGACUGGAUAAAAACCCUUGAUAAUGUUGUAUCACAUCUGUUUCAUUUUAUUGUAGCUAUUUUUAAAACCUUUUUAAACAUAAUUAAACCGUGAGCCUAACUGUAGUUUGGAUUCAGAAGUUUCACAGCACCCUACCUUUGUAAUGUUGUUGAUACAUUGGCAUUCAAUGUAUGACAGGAAGAGUUGGAAAUUUUAUUAAUGGGUACCCUAAAUCCCAUACCCUUUAUACCUGCUUUUGCAUGUAAUCACAGUGAGUUGCUAAUAAAGUUUGUAGCAUGUUCUUCACAAACUCAUUAUUUGGCAUUAGUAAUCAUGCCCCACAAAUAUAUAGUAUCUUCCUAUUUAAUUCAAAACUUGGAUCAUUUUAAUUUUUGAAACUGACAUGGUGUGUGUGUGUGUGUCUCAAAAGACAAGUGCCCAUACUUGUUUUACUUAACAUACUUACAGAGGUGCUUAUUUGUCUUCCAUCAGGAAAGAUGAGCUUCAUGCUGAGGACCAUUUUCGAGCAUGUAUAAACCUAUAAUUCUGUGGUUCAAGUUUAUAAAAAGUUUUUUCCUCUUUUUCAUUAUUAUACUUGAACCAUAUUCGGUAACAAUUUCUUAGUGCCUUUUUAUUAAAUUUUCUUAUACUUUAUAUUUAAUCUUUAAUUAUUACAUGUUCCUUAUUGUUACUGUGUGGGGAAACUUGUGGGGGAGGAGAGCAAUUUAUUUUCUUUUCCUUUCCCUGCUGGUUGUGGUAAUUAAUGUUUGCAUACAGUUCCAUGAGUACUGGCACUUCAGACACACAGCAGUUCUUCAUGUGUCAAUAUUGAUAAUAAGUGUCAGCUGGCCUUUUGACCAUGGAGGACAUUGGCGUUGAAUCCAAUGCUUCCCUAACCUAACAUGCACUUUCCAGCUUUGGUCAUUAGGUUAGAGACCUGACCUUUCCCCCCAUUUCCUAGUCCUGGGGUGCUAAGUCCAUUUGGAGCAUCAGUACUGCUAACCUACUGAGGUCAGUACAACCCCAAGAUUGAACAUAGGACCUUGCUGAUCUGUAUGAUUUGGGUAAAUUCCAAUUUAACAGAACUGGUAUUUUCCUAUAAUAUUUCCAGCUGUUAUUUAUUUACAUAUUGUGGCUGUGCUAAAAUUAAGUAACAUAGAAUUUUCAAUAAUAAAACAUGAUAAACAACUUGAGUGCUUUAUGAAAUGACAUGGUGAAAGUUGAGAGAUUUGCAUUUCUAUUUAUAUUGGGUUUCAUCACUAACCAAUUUUCUGAUUAAAUUGGCUAUAAGACACCUGGAGACAGGUUUUCUCAAGAUUUCAUUCAAUGUGGAUCUUAACAGACCUUGCUUUUUAUCUUUAAAGGAAAAUCAGGAAGUCUGAAUAUAUCCAAUUAUGAGAGAACUGUGGAGAAAGAGGUUGUAUAUAGAUCCUGGUAAAUAUAGCCCAAAAACAGUAUAGUUGCAGAAUGUUUUAGUCCAUCUAGAGCUGAUUCUGCAUAUUCUUAGCUGAGAAGAAAUGCCUAUAGUGUAAUAGUCUUUGUAAAGCAACAGUCACUUAUAAGAGUGCACGGAAAAUUCCUUAAUUUGUAGCUGCUUUUGAAUGCUCCAACUAAAGAAAUUUGUUUGCCAAAAAAAGUUAUUUUCUGAAUUUAGUUUUAUAAUUUAGUGCCACAGAGUAUAAUUAAAACAUGCAUUAUGCAUUAAAAUAGCACAGUUAUUAUACAUUCACAACAUUGUGUGUUUGGCUUUAUACCUUUAUAAGGAACGUGCUGAUUGUAUUCUGUGGAAUUUUGAUUUUAAAUGCAUUUUUACUGGAAACUGUUUCAUUGUCUAAAAUUUUUGCAUAACCAAAUAAAAUCAGUGUUAGAUAAUGUA